UGUUUUUGUGUGAAAUAAAAGAAAAGACACCAAGACGUACAAUGUCAUUGUCAAGUGAAAUUUGAAAUAAAAUAAUCGUAAAAUUUAAAAUGUUAUUAUACAUAACGCGAGGUUUUUAUAAAAUUUAAUAAAUGCACCCUGAAAAAAUCGAACCGUAUGCCACAACUCCUAAAAAAAUAAGUGUAUUAACAAUGGGUACUAAGCAGGAAAACAUGAAUAGUCAGGGUGCGGAGACCAAUAAAAAGAAAACAGAAACGAAGAAUCAACAUCGAAGCUUAGAAGCCACUCGCGUAUCAAUAAGUGUAUUGCAUGGAAUUUUGCGUAAAUUGGAUUACACAAACGAACCAAAGUCAAAAUCAAGCAAUCACAAAACAAUAAAUGAGGAAAAUGUUAAAGUUACAAAAGAAGCUUUCUCAAGUGAUAUGACGUCAAAUAAACCCACGUCGAUGUGCAGUCUUAUAAUAUGGAACAUUUCAAAAGCUCUCGAGAUCAAUCCCACGAUGGAUUUAAAGAGUUCGCUGAAAGAUGCAGAUACGCGGCUGGUGACGGAGAAUCAGGACUUGGACUCGGUGCUGGUGAAGUACCCCGAGCGGCAGCACCUGGUGUGCGCCCUGCUGGCCUGGCAACAGCUCGGCCACACCGAUGCAGACAGCCUUUACAAGUUUAUUGAAUCAAAGAGAAAAGAAACGACAAAAAAGGAACCUGAAGUGAGUUGCAGUAGCACUUAUGGAAGUAAAACACUGAAAAAGGAAAAAAUACCCCAUGUAAUGAGUUCCAAUAUAAAGGAAAUUUAUUGCUGUCGCGACAUUAGGGCUUGUAAAAAAAAUCCGGAAUGUGGAAGUUUUGGAUCACAUUCAAGUGGGCCAGUUGUUAAAUUACCGGUAGAAACUAAAGUGAUUAUGAGAGUGGAACCUCAACUUCCUCGGCCAUGCACAAAGAAACCGGCCCCAGAGAAGGAAACGCUGAAUAAAAUCACCGCAGCAUGUUGCCUGGACUCCGCUUGCGUAGAGCGUCUUGCUGCCUUGGAUGCUACUACGCAGGAGCUGCGAACACGCGCUGCCAAGCUGGCGCAGCGCGAGGCUGAGAGGGUCGAGCUUUUGGAACGUGCAGAAGCCGCGUGGAAGGACUUAGAGUUAGGCUAUCAAAGGCGGCUCGCUCUAGCCGAGGAAAAAGAAGAAGAUAUCAACAGACAACUUCAAAAAUGUAUAGCAGAUCGGAACGAGUACAAAAAUGCUUGUAACGAUUUGACACAGCAAGUGAAAGAUCGAGGUGAUGCAGUAGAAAAGGAGCGGGCGAAGUUACGGGAGGUGGAGCAGACGCUGUGCGACCGGGCGUGCAUCAAGCUGCGCCUGAGCGAGGAGUGCGCGAAGGGCGAGGCCUCGCUGGCCGAGAACCAGUGCCGGUCCGCACAGCUUGAACGUGACCUACAAUUUAAAGAGGAACAAGCGCGUCGUAAAUUGUUUUCGUUGGAGAGUGAGGCGGAUUCAGCGCGCGCACUGACGCACGAAGCAGAGCGAGCGAUGCGGGCAGAGCUCAGUGCCUUGCGCGAGCAGAUAACACAGGUCUCCAAAGAGUUACUCAAGGAAGACGAACUGAAUGUUAAGAUCAAGGACGAGUUGGGAAAGUUACGCAUUCAGAAAGCGGAAAUGGUGGAAGACUUGGAAGGGUGCAAGGCGAUGUGUGACGAAAAAAUGCAAGCAAAAGUGGAAGUUCUUCAAAAGAAGAGGGAUGCCUUAAACGCCCUGAAGGAUCAACUUAUGGAGUGUCGAUGUAAGGACCCGGUGGACGAGACUGUGGAGGUGAAGCGCACGCCCUCGCUGGCGGCGCUGUGCCGCUGCAAGCCUGAAGACAGACUCCUUGAGUCAUGUUCGUGUACGUCGUUGCGGAGCAGGCUUCUGACCAACCUGCUGGCGGACUUGUUCGGAGGUUUGCAAACAGAGCUGGGCGGCACUGGCUCGCAGAUGCCGUGCCAGCUGUUGAAGUGCCUCGAAGACAAACACAACUGGGAUCGAGCCAGUGUUGUCAAGACAAAUCUCAGGAAUUUCUUCUCUCAGUUACUGAUGGGGGAACUGGACAUAGCUAUCGCUACGUCAAUAGAAAAUUAUCAUGCAAGGUGGGUUGGGUCUUCAUGUGCCGACGCUGCGAAGAUGUCUUCGGAUCCAAACGAUAAAAACGAAGAAUGGCAAAAGCGGGCCCUGGAGAAGCGCGCUCAAAAGCUAGCUACUGAGCUGGCCGAACAGCUGUUUCAGGAGCGUGCCGAUCAACUGGCGCAGCGGGCAAAGGAAAUUGUCACGUCCGGGUCACCACCCUGCGAAUGUAAACCAAAAACCGUCGAUGCUGCUGUGUUCCCGUGUCUGACUCAAACGAAUGCGCCUCCGUUUGGCGGCGGUACACCGAGUGUGAGCCGAGUGGCGACGGAGACACCUGCGUACUGGAAGCGCACCAUUCAGGACGUCUCGCAUCUACGAAUGCAAAUAGAAGAUCUGAAGAAGGGCGCCGAAAAUGAAGUUGUUCCACCAAUUCAAAGAGAUGCCUCUUAUACUCUGGGAGAGACUACCAAGAGGGAAACGAAAACUGCGAAAACUUCUAAUAUGGAAGAAAAUACACAUACUAAAAAUCAAAGCAAGUCAGGAGUCGUGAGAAAAAAGCCUCUAGAUAGUAACAAUAUUAUGAAAAGGACUCCGCUGAACGACAAGCCAACGAGACAAAGAAGAUUAGGUCACGGUCAAGCGUAUGCAGUGAACUUGUGUUUGUGUGGACCACAAAAAAAUGGCAAAAACAUACAAAAUACGCAUAUAAGUAACGAUAGUAAAUCUACAUGGAAACAAAGGAUGUCACGAGAUGGCAUUCAUCAGAGUUCUAGUGUUAGGCAAACAAAGCCCAUUAACGUAAAUAUUCCCAGUGCAAGUCUUGUAUACGAUGACACGGAUAAUAAAACCUCAACUGAAAACUCAUGUAAUAGUAACUGCAAAUGUUUCCACAAAGUACCGUCUAAUACUUCCAUAGAUAAAUUGUUAGAGACUUUAACGAAAUGGAAAUGUGACUUAGCGGAUCCACAAGAAAAAUGUAUUAAGAACAUUAAAAGUAGUUUUAGUAAAUACUCGAAGAAUUCAACGCGUUUGAACAACUCCUAUGAUUCAAAGGUCGAUGUUUCUAUUAUAAAUUCAAGUUACAAGGAACCCAGGAGUGAUCAUAGGCGGCAUAGACAUAAGAGAGAUGGCAACACACAAGCUGCACGUUUUGCGAGUACAGAGUCUGAAUAUAUGGGAGCUGUCAAUCUGGAUAAAAGCAACGAAAAUCUUUGUAAGUGUAUUAUUCAGCCCGAUUCAUACGACAAUAACGAAGGAAAGAGUCUAAGUGGCAAAUAUAGUUCUCCAAUUAAAUGUAUAAAUACUAAUGCUUGUGAAUGCAAAAUUUAUCAACUAAUGCAAAAGGAUAAUAAAAACUCUCAGACAACAGAAAUAAAAAGAGGAGAAACAUUAAAUCAAAUUCAAGGUGUACAAACGUUGGAAAUGUUAGAGGUAAGCAAAAAUCCUGCCCCUAUAACAGUGAAUCAAAUUCAAGGUGUCCAGACAUUAGAAGCAUUAGAUUUAAAUGCAAAUACCGCCACAAAAACGAGCAGUCAUGACACAAAGCAGAAAGAAGUGGCACUAUCGGAAACGAAUAGUGUUGCUGAGAGAGCAAAAUUAUUUUCAAAUAAUUGUGAAUAUUACAUAAAAUUUUUAGGCGUCACACUUGCAGAUAUAGGUAGUCAAAAGAAAUCAAAAAGUAUGUUAAAAAAUUCGAACUCCAAACCUGAAGGUGUAGUAGUUUCAAAAGAAAAGUAUGUGGAAACCCGCAGAAGACGUCAGAAAAAGUUACCUCAUCUGGAUACGCACAACACUUUAAAAAAACCUAGUGUUAUUCAUGUCGAUGGAAGUGAUCACAGCAACUUAUCUCAUAAAAGCAAAUGUCCUAAAUGUGAAUGCCAUGCAAGAUUUGACGAAUUAAAAAGUUUUAUGAGCAGUAUUUUCAGUAAACAAUUGCAAAGCAAUAAAUACAAAGACGAAGCAAUAAGUAUAAAUUCGCAGAGUUUGAGGUGUACUGAUAAUUCAAUAGAUUCUCGUUUCUGCUGCAACACCUAUAGUGUUGAUGAUUCCAAAGACCUUGAAGUAAACGCCUUUCAUUUGUUGGAGGACCAUCUAAAGGGAAAGUUAGAAGAAUUUAAAUCGUUCUCAUGUAAAUCGUCAUGUAUACCACCUGAAGAAGAGGAAAAGUUAUUCUCUGCUAUACUGAAAAGGGUAAAACAAGUUAUUUCAGAUUGUGCAAAUGAAACAAAAUGCAACUGUCUAGGCAAUUUACCAGCCGAUGGAAGCUGGAAUAGAGCUUAUGGGCUUUUACAGGAGUAUUUAAAAAUAAAAAUAAAACGGGUUCAAUGCCUUUGUGUUUUCAACGAGAAUAAAGAUGCCAUACUGCCAGAUAUUUUAGAAAAAGUGUGUAACUUAAUAGAAAACGAUUUUCAACGUUUAAAGGAUAUAUGUAAAUGUAGGAAUAAUAACGGAUCGCGUAAAAAAAGUGUUCGUAUUGAAGAUCUGAUCAUUCAUCCGAAAGAUUUACCCGAAAAAGACACGACUGUGACGAGACGUGAAGUUUUAGAAGUUCGGGCAUUGGAUACCGUUGAAAAAAUAUCAAAACAGAAUUCAAAUAAAUCUAUAAUUGUUAAAGAGAAUAUAUCAUUACAAGUACCUCCGAAUUUAGGAAUGGAUACGAAAUCUUGUGACGUCAUGGCACCAGAUAAUAAAAAUGCACAGACGACAGAAACUGACGAGGUUGUGGUAGAGACCAAAUCUAAUGGAGCCAUGUACAAUAGUUGUGACUGUUGCUACUUUACAGAAGUGGGAACAAAUAACGAUAAAUUUUUAGAUAGUAUGUUUUCUACAAAAGAAGUUGUCGUCAAUCUUUAUACUGAUUCAGUUAAACCUAGUAGUGGCAUCUUUAACAUCCCGGGUAGUUUAAGUCAAAAGCCUUCAAAGUAUAUUCUAAUAGGAUCUGACAGUCUUAAAACUUUACCAGAUGUAGAAAGGGUAGAGAGGAACAUAGAUAGAUUUGAUGAAGAGCCAGAACUGGCAGAGAAUACAACAGCAAAUAAUCCUCCUUACAUUGGUUACACUGUGGAUUGUACUUGUGACGGUAUCCUUGGUUCUUGUGUUUGCAUGAAAUCUGUUGUUCAAGCUAAUAACGAUAAAAUCAAUAAUGUUUACAAAGAAUUUCUAGCCAAUUUCAAUAAUUGCAAUCAAAAUUAUUCAUACAUUAUGCACGGCUCUCAAAACAAAGAAAAUGACGUGAUGGUCAAAUAUAAUUACACAGUUGCUGGUGAUCCCGAUAUAACACCAAGACAACCUGAUCGUUGGGACAAUCUGUGUGUAACUGCAGUCAGUGCUCACAAUGAAAGUGACAUAGUUUUGAAGAACACAUGUGAUAAUCCAAUUGACACUCUGCACCAGACUACUAACACUUUCGAUGAGAACAUUAGUUUAGGAACUACAUGUUCGAACAGUGAAGGCCCACUUGAUUGGUUUGAAUGUCCCGUUCCUAUUAACUCUGACGAAAUGGCAAGUACGAUUCGGCUUUCAAACACAGUUUACUUUCCUGUACCUUCAGAGGAUUACAAGAAACCUCUUCAUGAUAGUGACACAGUAACGGAUACUAGUACUUCUAAAACGCCUCAGAACUGUGAUUGUGAUAGGGUUCCUAUUUGUCAUGUUAAAAUGUUAGUUGAGAACAUAGAAAAGAAUUUGAUAGAAUCUAGAUGCACAUGUGACUCACUACUACCCAAACUAUGUCCGGUGCAUUCUAAGCACGUAACUUAAGUUGUCUGUACAACCUAUUUGCGUGCUGAUUUUGAGAAACAUUUAUGUACUGUUUAUAAAUAUAUUAUAUAAAUGUUUAAUGAUUAAACAUACACAUUGAAUCUGACAAACUUA